AUGGCAAAGGCUCUCGCCAACCAGUCCACCAUGUCCUCCACCCCCUCGAGCACGCCGGUCAAGCGCGCCUGCGACAGCUGUCACCGCCGCAAAGUCAAGUGCAUUGGCGAAGGCCACAAGCCCUGCAAGAACUGCGUCUCUGCCGGCCUCAACUGCACCUACAAUGCCAUCCCCCAGAAGAAGGGCCCCAAGGGCAGUCGCGCCAAGGUGCUCUCCGAGCUGCGCGAGACGCAGCGCCAGUCGCAGUUGGCCGCCAGCGGCUUCCCGGACCUCUACAACACGCACAACAUCGCCCUGCAGCGCCAGCCCGGCCUGAUGUCUCUGGACCUGAUCCACACCUGCGUCGACUUCUUCUUCCAGAAUCUGUACCCCUCCCAGCCCAUCCUGCACCACCAGCGCAUUCAGGAGGCCAUCCUCAGCAUGGACCAGAACGUCGAGGCCUACUGCAUGAUCGCCGCCCUCUGCGCCUACAUGCUCAUCCAGCCGAACAUGUCGCUCCCGCCAAACGUCGUGCCGCGGGGUCCAGAAGGCCCGAUCCCCAACCUCAACUUCGGCCACGUCCUGCUCGAGGAAGCCGUGCGCGUGAGAAAGAGCUACAACCACGUGGAGAACCCCACCCGCUACUCCGUCAUCACCUCGUUCUUCUUCUUCAGCAGCUACCAGUGCCUGGACAAGCACAACACGGCCUGGUACUACCUGCGCGAGGCCACGACGCACGCCCAGCUGCUGGGCAUGCACGACGAGGAGACGUACAAGACCGGCGACUUCAUCGAGACGUCGCGCCGCCGCCGCUUAGCGUACGCCCUCCACAAGCACCGCCCCAUCACGCUCGACGCCACCAUUGAGAUCCCCACGCAGGACGAGGAUCCCACGGAGCGCAUGCAAAUCUCCGGCUUCAUCCAUCUCAUCAACCUCUACAAGCCCUUCGACCACACCUUCAUGGGCCUCUGGAACAAGGUCCGCACCGGCUGCUUGCCAUCGUGGCUUGCUCAGAUGCAGAACCAGCUCUCGGACGCGUUGCCUAGCUAUCUCGAGAGCACCGAAGUGCAAGCCGUCGACCUGCGCACUUCGCAGCAAUGGCUGCGCACCAUGGUCUGGCAGCUUGCCAUCAGCCACGGCUUCAUCUCUUCCGUGUCCCAAGACAACACAAUGAGCUUCAAGUACCCCAUUGAAAUCGCCCGCGACCUCAUCACCAUGUCGAGCCAGUUUUCGCAGCAGGCGAUGGAGGUGCACGGUGUCGGACUGAUUGAGAAACUCUUCGACGUGGCAUGCACGCUGACCGACGUCAUGGCCUGCGUGCCGAUGGAGCAACACUCGUUCGAGCUUGGCCCGCGCGAUUACCUCGGGCGCUUCCUGAACCUCAUCUCGACGCUCCGCGGCGGCCAAUCGCGCUAUCUCGCCCUGCUCCUUCAGAAGAUCAACGAAGUGCUACCCAACAUGGCAGUGCCCAUGCCACGUGGUCUGAGCGCGACAUCGACGCCUGCCAACGCACGUCUCGAGGAGCUGUACGAAAGUCCCGCUUCCGUGUCAGCACAGGGGUCGCACGUGGGAUCGCACGAGGCAACGCCGUUCGAAUCCCCGCCACCGAUGAGCAUGCCAGUGCCAGUUAGGCAGAGCAGCCACGGAAACAUGCCCUACCCUGACAUGCAGGUCACACCGCCCUUGGUGCCGCAGGGCCAGGGUUUCCCGACCUUCUCGACGGCCAUGGGUUUUGCGCAGAGCACCACGACAGCACCACCGCAGGGGGCAUACCAGACGCACUCCCAGCACGGCGGCUUCCCCGGCUGA